AUGAUUCCACUCUUCAAUAGGCUCUGGCUUCUCGUAGUGGCUAGUGUUGCGGUGCUGUUGGUAGCACAAGUCUCUGCUCACGGCGAUUCGCAACAGCAGCAUCCAAUUGAAGAUCAAUACGAAGAUUCCAUCGUUGAUCCACUUUCCCUGCCUGAGUUAGUGAAAGUGCAAAAAAUCGAUGAGCUACAGAACAAUUGGUUAGUUCAAGACUCUGCUGAGUUUUUCGAAGGUCGUAUAUUGUUGACACCAAAGCCUGUUAUCAGUUCCAGCCACGAGCACGAGACUUCCAUGGGCUCCAUGUGGUCCUUGCCUUCCAAAAAAAAGGCUGGCUUGGACGAAGUGGAGAUCCAAUUGACCCUAAGAUCGAUCGGUUCAUUUGGCAAAACUGGAGCUGGUUUCUCUUUCUUCAUGGUAAACGAUGACGAUAAAGCAUUUGCUGCUUUCAACAAGAACAGUUUUGGAGGCCCUUCCAAAUUCUCUGGAUUGCAAGUGUCUUUGGAUUCCAAUCAUCCCCAGUUUGGCCCUGUCUUAAGAGUGUAUCUCAACGAUGGCUCUAAAGAUAUUCAGUUGGAUCAUGAUUAUUUGGGUGCCUAUAGAUACGAAUACCAGGUUUCUAACGUGCCUCUCACUUUGAAAAUUGGCUAUGCAAGGAACUGGUUGAAGAUCACCUGCGAUAAUAAGAUGCUCUUUGAGACCAAUAAGGUUUCCCUUGAUUCUGUCAUUCAGUCUCCUUACUUACGGCUGGGCCUCACUGCUUCCUCUCCAAAGGAUGUGAAGAGGUACGAGCAGUUUGAGCUUCUCAGACUGAAAAGUUACAAUCAAGUCAGUACAGAGUUAAGAUUAGACACUAAAGGAACAUUGAUGGCCAAACAUGCUGAGCGUUCGUCUAUAGAGCCUACAAACAAAUUCAGAAACAAAGUGGAAGCCAUGAGAGAGAAACUGAAUCAAGCCACGGCCGACUCUUCUGGCGAUUCAUCCUCUCUUCUGGGUGAUAUACUUGCCAAAAUCUCGUCCAUAGAAGGAACACUCCUGCAACAGCAGACAUCACCUGAGGGAUCUGAAGCUGCAUCUUCAGUUCAGACAAAUCUACAAAAGCAGAUCUUUCUAUUGUCAAAGACCAUGGAAAGAUUGACGGAUAACAUAAACAACGUACUAAGGAAAAACGAGGAGUUUUAUAAACAUUCAGAGAUUUUAGAAAGAAAAUACGAUAACUUGCAAGCACUACUCGAAAGGCAGGCCGAGCUACUUGUGAAUGCUGAGACUUCAUCGAAGACAAUUGGGAAAGCCUUCACACAGAAAAUUGAUAGCUUAGUUUUGACAUUGGGUGGAAUACACACUGAGUAUCUUAGCGGCUUGAAUGCCCAGAAUCCUCAAUUUGAAGCCAAAUUGAACGCUCUUGCGUCAUUCAUCAAAAUAAUCUUCUUGCCAUUGGUGUGCCUCUGCUUUAUAAUCGUGUUCUUGAUGUACAAACUAAGAAACGACAUCAAGCAUGCUAAGGUUCUAUAG